CGGUACUUAACGAAAAAAAAAUUUAUUUAUGGAAGUACAUUUAUGAUCAUUGUGAUAUCUUAGUACAUAUAUAUUUUAAAACCGUAUCGUUUCAUUUCUUUGCAAAAAUAGAAUUCGUCUUACUAUGAUCUGUCCAUGAUUUUAACAUGUACUUCUCGAGUUUCCUCGUUGGAACGAGACUUUUAAGAAAAAAAUAAUCAUGGCGGACACCGGCGAUGAAAAACAACAGAAGAUGGAAGUGGACUACAGUUCCACUGUGGAUGAAAAACUGCCAAAAUGUGAAAAGCUUGCUAAGCAAGGAAAGUUAACAGAGGCACUUGAUAUUUUACUGUCUCUUGAGAAACAGACAAGAACGGCCUCUGAUACACAUUCCACAAGUCGUAUUCUAGUUGCUGUGGUAAAGAUGUGCUUUGAAGCUAAGAGUUGGGAUGCCUUGAAUGACAAUAUUGUAUUGUUUACCAAGAAAAGGGGGCAGAUCAAACAGUCUGUAACAAAGAUGAUUCAAGAAGCCUGCACCUACGUGGACAAGACUCCAAACCUUGACAUAAAACUAAAACUAAUUGAUACCUUGCGAACUGUCACAGCAGGAAAGAUAUAUGUAGAGAUAGAAAGAGCUCGACUGACAAGAACCUUAGCCAAAAUCAAAGAAGAUGCUGGAAAAAUAUCAGAAGCAGCCACAGUUUUACAGGAACUACAGGUGGAAACAUUUGGAUCAAUGGAAAGGAAGGAGAAGAUUGAGUUCAUUUUAGAGCAGAUGAGGCUCUGCCUGGCAAAGAAGGAUUAUAUCAGAACUCAGAUUAUCAGCAAGAAAAUUAACACCAAAUUCUUUGAAGAGAAAACCACCACAGAACUGAAGUUGAAGUACUACCAGUUAAUGAUAGAAUUGGAUGAACAUGAAGGCUCCUAUCUGGCUAUUUGUAAACACUACAGAGCGGUGUAUGAAACUCCAGAAAUCAAAGAUGAUAAAGACAAAAUGAGAGAGGCACUGCGAUAUGUGGUAUUGUAUCUGAUUCUGGCCCCUUAUGACAAUGAACAAUCUGAUUUGAUCCAUCGAGUAAAGGAGGAUAAAAACCUAGAAGAAAUCCCUGUAUACAAAGAACUUUUGAAAUGCUUCACAACAUCAGAACUGAUUAACUGGAAACAGUUGUGUACCACAUACGAGAGUGAGCUGAAGUUCGGAUCUGCUUCCAGUCCUGCUACUCAUGUGUUCAAUACCAAGUUGGAGGGAGGGGCUAAGAGAUGGACAGAUCUCAAAAACAGGGUAGUGGAACAUAAUAUACGAGUGAUGGCCAAGUACUACACAAGAAUAAGGACCAAGAGAAUGGCAGAACUUUUAGAUCUGGCAGACUCGGAAACUGAGGAAUUUCUUUCCACUCUGGUGGUAAACAAGACAGUACAGGCCAAGAUAGAUCGUCUGGAGGGAAUAGUGCAUUUCAGUCAGCACAAGGACCCCAGUGAUAUUCUUAAUGACUGGUCAUUUAACAUUAACACUCUAAUGCAACUUGUCAACAAAACAAAUCACUUGAUCACAAAAGAGGAAAUGGUUCAUAAACUACACUAGUGCUAAAUUUCUUUGUACAUGUAAAUACUUCCUUUUUUUUUAUAUAUGCAGUUUAUCAGAGGAUGGCUGUGUUGUGAUAUAUAUAUAUAUAAGGAUAUUUCCUUUAUAUGCCUUCGUACAUUUCUCAUGAUUUGAAAUUAAAAUUGAUAUCAUA